AAACUGAGAUGUCAAAAGGGAAUUUUCACAUCUAUUCAGUGGGGGUUUCCCUGUUUUUAUGGAGUUCUUGGCACUGAUUGGCCAACGCUAGACACGUAUUCGUAAUUUUUCCUUGCAUCGAUUGCAUUCUCGGUCAUUCUUUUUGUUUUCAUCCGGCUGUCACUUGACAGUGUCAGAUCCCUAAAGUGUCGUGUUCGUUUCCUAAUUAUUUUGUGUUUAUAGAUUGUUGAAUUCCACAAGUCGACUUUCUUCGGAACACGAAUCGAUUGCUCAUUUGUUAGGGGAAUAAGCCAGCAUAAUUAGUUGGAAAUAUCAGCUCUGAUUUGUGGUUUGGUGUUUCGCGAAGUAGCAAAUAUUGGAUCGUGAGCUCGAGGCUUAAACAAUUGCAGUUCGCGGAUAGGGUAUAAAACCUUCAAGACGUCGGGCCGGUCAUAAUACUUUCGAACAAAACGUACAAGUGUCGAGGGCGUAGUUUGAAACAUCAGAAAUGGAGGUAGAUAGUGAAACGGGUCCCGGGAGCGACACUCUCAAGGCGAGACCCUAUCAGACUCAAAUUCUGGAGGUAGCGCUCCGACAAAACGCGAUAAUAUAUCUUCCGACAGGCUCUGGAAAGACUUACAUUGCGAUUUUGGCUAUGAAAAAAAUGUCGCAGGCUUUGGAAAAGCCGCUAAGUCAAGGCGGAAAACGUUCAGUUUUCUUGACUAACACAGUUGCUUUGGCCCGUCAACAGUAUGAGUGCAUAAAAAAUUUGGUAAAUUUGAAAGUUACUCAUUAUACAGGUGAUAUGAAUGUAGAUAAUUGGAAACGAGAAAAAUGGCGAGCUGAAUUUGACGAAUAUCAGGUUGUUGUGGCCACAACUCAGAUAAUAUUAGAUGUUGUUCGCCAUGGGUUUUUGUCUAUAACCGACUUCAAUUUAAUGAUCUUCGAUGAGUGCCAUCACGCUAAUAACGAUCAUCCCAUGAGCCAGUUGAUGGGGCAUUUUAAAAAUCAACCAGCUCAUCUAUUGCCGCGUAUUAUUGGAUUGACCGGAUUACUUUUGAAGUCAACCUCGCCCGUCAACAUCGAAGACGAUUUGAAUAAAAUGGAGGCCACUUUUCGAGCAACUAUUGUAACGGUUUCAGACAGUGCGGAAUAUGCAAAUGUGCUGGUGUAUUCAACGAAACCUAGCGAAAAAAUUCUUAGAUAUCACGAGUCGCCUUCCAGAGAAUCUAUUUGCGGAAAAAUUACUUCUCUGGUAGAUGAAUGUACAAAACGAAUAGGACGAUGGGAUUUGGACAAUAUGCAAUUGCAACCAACGAAAAACCUAGAAAGUUAUCGUGCGGCGAAUCCAAUUAAGAAACAUAAAAAUUUCUAUAAUGAUUUUCUGCAUAAAAUGGAAGAUAUGGGCAUUUACGGGGCUUCGAUAGCCAUUCUAUCAAUCUUAGUUGAAUUUGAGUUGAAAAAGCGAGCUGCUGAAACCGUUGCUAUUCGACAAAUGUCGCGUUUAUGCAUCAGCAGUGCUGAGCGUAUCCGUCACGAAUUGGUUGCUUACAUGAAAGCCAAUAGCGAUUACACGGACGAUGAUGAAAAUGAACUUCAUGAAAUGAUCUACGAUAAUUCGUCUCAAAAAAUUCAAUCUUUUCUGGGAUUUUUGGAAAUGACAUUCAAAGGGAAGAAUCCGAAGGAGAUAAGUUGUUUAGUGUUCGUUGAACGCAGACAGACCGCGAAGUGUCUAUUCUAUUUGGUUAAACAUUUUGUGGAGAGUAAAAAAACAAUUCCAAUUAUCCCGGAAUUUAUGGUUGGAGGGAGCAGAGCUAUGCCUGAAUCAAUAGAAAGUUGGUUGGAGUCAAAACGGCACAAAAAUGUUUUGCGAAAAUUCAAAAAAGGUGAAUGUAACAUGAUGAUAGCUUCGAGUGUGCUUGAAGAGGGCAUUGAUGUACAGUCUUGCAACUAUGUCAUUAUGUACGAUACCAUAAAACAUUUUAGUGCGUACGUCCAAACAAAGGGGAGAGCUCGCAUGCAAAGCAGUAGUUACACGAUUAUGAUCGAAGAAAAAGAGAUUUCAAAACUUCUAGGCAAGUUGGAAAAAUGGAAAAAGAUAGAAGAUCAGCUACAGAAAUACCUGAUCGGGAAAACGGUGGAACGUCACUUACCGCUUGAAGAUGAGAUAAAUGAACGAUUUCCCGUUACAAUUAAGCCGUUUUAUACUAAAAUUGGAGCUGUUUUGGAGGCUAGCUCAGUGGUUCAGCUAUUGAAUCGCUACUGCAUGGCGUUACCGCAGGAUUUAUACACUGCUUCAACGGUGAGUUGGUUUAAAGAAACCACGGAUAGCAAGAUUGUUGUAAGACUUGUAAUGCCACCACAAUCUACAAUCAAAGAGGACAUUAUUAGUGACAAGGUCGGAACAGUGAAGGAUGCGAAACGAUCGGCCGCAAUGAAAGCAUGUAUACGCUUGUAUGAAAAUAAGGAAUUGAACGAGCAUCUUUUGCCUAUUUCAAAGACAAAUUGCUUCGAAUUGGUUGAUAAUAUAUACUUUGAACACUGGAAGGAAUUUAGCACAGAUGACCCUCGUUUGGCCGGGACUAAAUACAGACGGACUCAUGUGAAUCAGUAUCCUGAUCAGCUAAGUGGCGCUACUCCCAAAGUGGGAAAAGUUUCAUAUUUGUACUCAAUUGAGUUAACACCAUGCUUCCCAAGAGAUGAUUCCAAUCAGUAUGUACUGGAUUUGCUGGGAAUGUCGUCUAGUUUCGCCUUUUUUACUUCCAAGGAGCUUCCUCCGUUGGCAAAAAUGCCACUUUUCAUGUCGCAAGGCCAAAUAACAGCGGCAGUCAAUUCGAAUCCUACACAAACCACAAUUUGCAGUGACGAAGAGAUAUCUGCAUUACGUGGAUUUCAUGUGAUGUUAUUUCGCGAUUUAUUGGAGACUUGGCAUGGAUUCUUCGCAAGUAACUUUGAGAACAAAGAGAAUUCGUUUUUAAUUGUACCAACGAAAAAUGGGAAUUCAAUUGAUUGGGAACUGGUGAAACGUUGUCAAAGUUUGCAAAAGCCGAGGGAGUUAACAGAGCUUCAACGGAAAAAAUUAGAUUUGGAUCCUCGCGAAUACGAGAAUAGUGUGGUGUGUCCUUGGUACAGUUCCUCCCAGCGUGAUCGGUAUGUUGUUACAAAAGUGCUUAUGGAUAUGAAUCCUUGGAGUCCAUUUCCCAAUGGCGAAUACCAAGACUUUGCGUCAUACUUCAAAGAUAAAUAUAAUCAGAACGUUGUCAAGCGAAAUCAAUUUAUGCUUCUCGUUAAACCUAUGACUAGAGAACGUAAUUUGACACGUCCAGGAAUGGGUGUGGCUGGUGGUCGAAAUAAAUCGAAACGUUUACAGGAAAUGUUACUUGUUCCCGAGCUUUGCCACAACUUCUGCUUUCCUGGUGAUCUAUGGUUUAAAGCUUUGUUUUUGCCAAGCGUCUUGCAUCGAGUACACUAUCUUUUGCUUGCUGAGAAUCUCCGGACACAGAUAAAUGGUUUUCUAGGUAUUGAAAGCAAAAAUGACCCACUCGAUACUCUUAAAGUUGAAAACUUAAAACAAGCUGAGUUGGCUGAAGACGAAUCGAUGGACGUGGAAGACGGGGAAUCUGACGGUUGUCUGAAGAAGGGUCCCCAGCACGUGGGCAAAGUGGAUAUUAUGGAUCCUCAAUGUCACUGGGAAGAAUAUAAAGAACCUGUAGAUAUUGAGAGGAAAAUGGAUGAAUUGUACGAAAUUGAACUGGAUUAUUACGUCCAAUUUUUGAACUCUGCAAUGGAAGCACUUUCUAACGAAAAGCAUAACGACAAAGUUAAUGGAAAUAACUCGGUGAAAAUGCCGAAAGUUUCUGCCAUUUGUGAUAGACCAAGUAAUAACAGCUACACGAUCGAAUUUCUUCAAAAUGUUAGUGCUUUAAGCCAAAGUGACCUUUUGAUGGCUAUAACGCGAAAAUCUGCCGGUGAUGCGUUUGAUAUGGAACGCCUGGAACUCUUGGGAGAUUCAUUUUUAAAGUUCAGCGUCUCUUUUUAUCUGCUUGAUCAGCACAUGGCCUGGAACGAGGGCUGUUUGACUGCACUUAAGGGUCGUUUGGUGAGCAAUCGUAACUUGUGUUAUCACGCAAUACAAUUAGGAUUGCCAGGCAUGCUGGUUACUACUCCGUUCAAUGGAAAUGAUUUGCAACCACCCCUUGUGUCCGUUCCUGUAAAGAUACAAGAAGCAAUGAACGUUACAGGGGUGUCGCCGUUUAUGCUAUGUCAACUAGCUUUGGACAACGACGAAGUGAACAGCGGAAUAGUAAAAGAGAAAACGCUGAGUGAUUUUAUACGUUCAUUUCAACAAGAGCCAUUCCAAGAGUCAACAUUUAUAACCAUGCUGGGAAAACGUUUCGUAAGCGACAAAGCCUGUGCUGAUUCGUUAGAGGCAAUUUUGGGCGUUUGUGUUAAGAAUUUGGGCGUUGAACGCAGUUUUGCUAUGCUAAAUUUCUUCGGGAUAUGUCCGAAAGAUCCGAGCAAAAACAUCACGGAAUUAAUGAGACGCAUUUCUUACACUCCACGAUUGAAACCCGAUAUUAAAGACGCUGCAAUUGAUUCUUAUUUGGUGAAUCAUAAGGAGCUGGAAGAACAUUUGGGUUACAAAUUCAAAGACCGAGCUUAUCUACUGCAAGCACUAACGCAUCCUUCGUGUGUAUCAAACCGAUUAACAGGCUGUUAUCAAGUUUUGGAAUUUUUGGGCGAUGCCGUUCUGGAUUUUCUCGUGUCGUCCUAUAUAUUUGAACGGUGCAGUCACAUGGGACCAGGUGAAUUGACUGAUCUACGAUCAGCUCUAGUGAACAAUUCAUUUCUUGCUUGCUUGACGGUGAGGUAUAAAUUCCAUGCAUUUCUGUUAUCCGAAAGUGCUUCAUUGAUGAAAGCAAUCGAACAAUUUGUACGAUUCCAAAGCAGUGAACAUAACAAAAUUACGGAUCAAGUCCGUAUUCUGAUACAAGAGGAGGAAUGCUCCAUGGCUGAUUAUGUUGAUGUUCCGAAGGCUCUUGGGGACAUUUUUGAAUCGUUAGUCGGGGCUGUGUUUCUCGAUUCCGGGAAUAGUUUGGAGCGCACGUGGUCUGUUAUAUACAAUUUAAUGUCUGAAGAGAUUGGCGAGUACGUGCAAAAAGUACCGAAACAAUUGGUUCGACAACUGUACGAAUAUCCAGGUGCAAACCCUAAAUUCCAGGAGCCACUUGUAGAAGAUGGGAUUGUGAUGGUGAAGUGUCAAUUUACACACCGUGGAGUUUUAUGUGAGGUAAACGGAUUUGGCAGUAAUAAGGAAGGUGCGAAAAUCUCAGCAGCCAAGUUAGCUCUGCAAACGCUAGCAAAUAAAUAAUUUUUAUUUCGUUUUAAAUCGUUAAUAUCUAUGUAUAAAAUAUUUUUUAUCGGAUUUCAAUAAAAUAAUUGUAUCAGUUUGA